ACCCCUCCACCAGAUGACCCUGCCUACGCUGCGUCAGGCUCCAAGAACACGUCGCGAGCAUGGUUUCCGGCGCAGCAACCCACGUCCUACCAAUCGGGCGGUAUACCCACCUUCAACACAUCGCAGGCGGGCGGGCUUGGCGCAGUGGAAGAUGCGGAGGCGGAGAACCCAAACAACAUGUGGGAGACGCGCUACGGCUUCAGAGUUGACCUACUGGCAGCGUUUGCCUACCUGCUAGGCCCCAUAUCCGCGCUCGUGCUGCUUAUUACCGAGACCCACAAUGAUUUCGUACGCUUUCACGCGUACCAGUCAGCCCUACUCACCACACCCCUCGCCAUCUUGCGCAUUUUGGCAUCUCUUCUCCUAUUCCCCUCGUUCCUCCGUAUUGUGCUUACACUAUUGCUCAUUAUCCCUUCUCUGUACAUGGCUUGGCAAGCAUACAUCGACGCAGCACGGAACGGUCUGGUACAUUUCCAGAUACCAUUUAUUGGACCCUUGGCAGAACGAUGGGUAGUCGAAGAGUAA